AAUCUUCACCACCCCCGAGUUCACAUUCCAAGAUGGCUGCCCCGGUUGUAAACAGUAGAAGAGAGCUCUGUAAAAAUUCGUAGCACUUCAUUCUAGUUUUGGUCACACUAAAUCAGUCGUAUACAAGUAUUGUUCGGCAUAUAUAUGCUGCUAUAGUGUAAUUUACAUUUUUCAUGUGGUAUAUGCGAACUACAAACUUGUUUACCUACUUUGUAACUGGAACGCUGAUAACUCGGCUAUGACGUCAUUCCCAGUUCCGAGUUCCGACUUCCGAGGUAAAUGGAACGCAGCAUUAGCCACGUUAGCUGCAUGGAGUUGCCGAACAUCAGCUAGACAUGUGUUUGUGGUGCCCACGUUGUAGUCUAAAUAGACAUUUAUCUGUUUAUUACGUUUAGUAUUCGUUUUGCCUUAUCCAUUUGUUAGGAAUGGAGGCUACUCAGGUGAUCAGCGACUCUAUCUUGGAGUCAGAUGAGAAUGAAAAUGAAGAGGAGAAUCAAGAUAGGAGAGGGCGAGCACUGGCCAAACUAUGCAUCUUCAAAAAUCAACACAUCCCUGAGACGGAGUUGCCCCUCUUUUUGGGAGAUAACGUGCUGGGCCGUGACCCCGGCAGCUGCACCCUGACCUUACCUGCGGCCUCAGUGUCCAAGCAGCACGCUGCCAUCAGCAUCUCCGUGUACCAGCGAAGAGGUUGCCACAGUGAAGUGGAGGCUUUAGUGUGGGACCUAGGAAGCAUGAAUGGUACCCGUAAGGGCCGCUUAAAGCUGACUCCUCAUGUUCGUUAUGCCCUUACUGAAGGGGAAAGUUUGGUGGUGGCAGACAUUCCAUGUCAGUAUGUCAGUUGUGGGGCGGACCCGGUGUCAUCUCAAGAUGGUACAAGGACUCCAGGGAGCAGAAGCUCAGCAGUAAAAGAUGUGUUGCCAGAUGCCUCAGGAGAAAAAUUGGGUGACGCAAGGACAGGCAACAAGGAGUAUGUCAAUGGCGAUAUAAAGGCAAGAGGGUCAUUAAAAAAGACUCCUGUCAGAGGCACUUACCUGUCCUUUGAGCAAACUCCAAUCCAGGCACAGGGAACCCUGGUCCCAGAAUCUGACACGGAUUCAGACGGUGAAAGAGGAGAAGGAGAAGACAAAAGACGGAAGGCACUUGCAUCUGACUCUGAUUCCCAUAAAUCCAGUCCCAGCUCUUCUUCAUUUUUAAGUCCUCCAAACAAAACCGUCCCUGAGAGUGAAGAUGAAAGUCCCAUUACACCAUCCUCUUCGGCCAGCAAAAGGUCUUACAGACAUGUCGGUUUCAGCACAGACAAAGCAGAUGUCAAUGUAGGACGACAGCAGGUGGAGAAAAAAAUGUCACCUGCCGUUAUAGAUGACAGUUCAAAAGAAGAAGAUGGAGCAGGACAAGGAGGGACAAAUUCAAAAGAAAGUAGACAACAUGAGAAAAAGGAUGGCAGUCUUACAGGAGAGAACGAACAGCCUGUGUCCGCAUCAGACAUUUACAGAGGUGCCAUCCCUUCAUUUAACAUGGACAGUGACACUGAUGUGGAGGGAGAGGACGAAGAAGUGGCCCCUGGAGGGCCUGUGUGUCUGAAUACAAACCAACAAGCUGCUCAGCCACCGAACACAGUCCUGUUUCACAUGGACAGUGAUACUGAUGUUGAUGAAGAUGAGGAUAAUCCAAACAAAGCUGACAAAACUGCACCUUCCUCUGAGAACACUACCAAACCUUCUAAUAUUGCAUCAGUUAUUCAGCCCGAGGGCAGCACCAUGGACAGUGACACAGAUGUGGACGAAGAUGAUGCUGUGUCAGGUGCUGCCACCUCAGUGAAAGCCACAUCAUGUGAGAGAGCACACGCAGCUAGGUCUGCCUCUUCAGUACAGCUGAGGGAUUUCCACCUAGACAGUGACACAGACGUUGAUGAAGAAGAUGAUGGGGGAUGUGGACCCAAAAACAAAAACUCUGAAACCCCCAUCAAAUCUGUUUUGCCAGAAUCUGUCUCCUCUGCUCCUCACAACCUGCAUCUAGAUGGUGUCGCUGAUAAAGAAGCUAUUCCUGCCCCUCCUGUAAGUGAACCCUCAGUGACUGCUGCCGUCUCAGAAUUGUGCUCCACUGCUAUUGCAGGCAACGAGCUGGAUAUACUGUCUGACAGUGACACAGAUAUGGAAGGGGAUUCUCCUCCAAUUUUGCCUGUUGGCACUCCAAGCCUGUCAGCACCUCUGGGCACAACACCAGAAGAAGCUAAGUUAGAUUAUGAUGCAGACACAGAUGUUGAUGAAUGCACCAUCCCCAACGCUGGAGAAGAAGCCUUUCAAACAGGCUGUAGAGGGGACAUUGGUGCUGAUGUGGAGGAUAAGGAGGCAGGCGAGGACCUGAUAUCUGACCUGCACAGAGAAAAUACUCCAGCGUCACUGGUUCCUCUUCUGCAGAACUGCUCUACUCCUGUGCAAGCAUCAGUAGGACUGGUGGAAGACAUGGAGACUCAAGCUUUCACAAGCCCCUCUUCAGGUGCAUUUAGACGUGCUGCAGUAUUCCCUGUCAGACCUUUGGUAUCGUCUUCCUGCUCAGACAGUCAGGAGGAGGAAGACUUUGUUGUGGCUGAGACGCAGUCCUUCAUUUUUCAGAGUGGAGAUGACCAGUUAGGUGCUGACUCAACUCAACCUUAUUCAUUUGAGUCAUCUGAUAACAAAAUGGAUGAGCAGUGCAGCGGAAGAGACACUUUCCAGCUGGGGUUGUCUGACAGCAGCCACCUGCAGGGUCAGGCCAGAGCUCUGGACACGGAGAGCACUCAGGCUUUUUUCUCCGUGGAAGGGGACGUGAAUUUUGAAUUGGAUACCCAGGCAUUUGCAGCCAUCUCUGCUGCAGGCGUAAGCUCUGCAGGACACGAUUCAAAUCUGGGGGACACUCAGGUUUAUGACAAAGAGGAGCUUGCCAGAUGUUCAGAAGUUUCUGAAAAACAAGGUUCUGUAGAUUUGGCCCAAGAAGCAACGCAGGCUUACAUUUCCGAGCCUUUUGAUGAUCCAGACGACAAUUCAGAUGAAGUUGGGGAAAAUGCAGCUUCAACUGAGCCCGCAGAUUCUAUUGCGUCAUCUACUCUUGCAGUGCCUGAAACUCAACCCAUGACUUCCUUUGUGGGACAGAACAGUUUGGAAACAAGCAAACCCUUUUGUUCUAUGCAAGCUAAGUCCGGAGCAGAAAAUGAGUUUAUGAGUGAAACUCAACCCAUGCAUAGAAGUGAUGAUGGGAAAUUGUUUUUAGAUGUGCAGAAAAAAAUAGAAAACCCACAGCAGCUUGAUGAGAAACAGGCACAACUUCCUACUCGUUCAGCGACAUCACUCCCUGAAACUCAGCCCUUGAAUGAUGAUGAUGAAAAUCAGCCCAUGGUUUUAUGUGACAAUGAUCAAACCGAGGAUGAGGACUUGAUGUUCGUCCUUCGAAAAAGAAAAGUAAAGCAGCUUCAUAUUGAAGAAGAAGAAACACAAUGCCUCACUAAGUCUGAGGUCGCUAUUGCAGAAACGCAGCCCAUGGCUGUGAGUAUGGACGAUGAUGCUGACUCAAUGCCAGGCCCACGCAAAAGAAAAGCAAAGCCAUUGCAUUUUGAAGACGAGACACAGUCACAAGUGAGUUCUGAGGUCUCUGCUGUUGAAAGUCAGCCAGUAGGGACGAGUCAAGAUGCGGAGAGUGAUAACGAAUGUUCAUUUCUAGGUCCACGAAAAAGAAAGGCAAAGCAACUUCAUCUUGAAGAAGAAGACACACAGCGGCUCACAAUCUCGGAAGCCUCUGCCACUGAAAUCCAACCAUCGACUACAUUUCAAGAUGCAGAUUCAGACUCGAUACCAGGCCUGCACCAGGCGGUACACAAUAAAGAAGAGCAGAAACAGGUCCUCGCUACUGAAGUUUCUGCUGCUGAUACCAAUCCAGUUACGACAGAUAAAAAGGAUGAUGAUCACUCGACGCCAGAGAGACAAAAAAGACCAGCAAAGCAGCUUAAUCUUAAAGACAAGGAGACACAGUUGAAAACUCCCUUGAAAACAAAAACUGCUGAAAUGAGUGGAUCCAGUGUAACAAAAGAGACGAGGACAAGAUCAAGAAAAACUGAAAAUGAGAAGGAGUGUUCUGUACCUUCAGAUGCACAGACGGAAAGGGAAAACACAGCGCUCCCAAGCACUAGAGGAAGGAGAGGAAGAGACAGGUCUGAUGAUAACAAUGAGGAAGAGACGAAGCAGCCGAAGCAGACCAGAGGGAGCAAAAUCACAAGACGACAGGAAGAUGACGGUAAAACAGACCAAAGGAAGACUUAUGCAAAUAAGAGCCUGAAUAAGGAACAACAAGAAGGGGAAAUGGAUGUAAUGAUGCUUAGACAACAAGAGAGAAAAGAAACUGAGAAGGAAAGACAAAAGAGCAAUGACAACGAUGGGGAGCAAGAGCAUCAGCACAAGACAGAAGAAGAAAAGCUGGAAAAUACAAGAGAAACAGUACAAGAAAGACAGCAGAAUGAGGAUGCAGAGAGGAAAACCGUUGAGAUGAAGAGAGUAGAGGAAGAACACCAAGCAGAGCUUGAUGGGGCAGAAGGAGAGAAACUGGAGAAAGUAAAAGAAACCAAAGAAAAGCAAUUAAAAGAAUCACAAGAAGAUAAAGAAAAAGUUGAGCAAAACGUUUCUGUUAGAGGUCGUAGGGCAUCUAAAAGAACGAUGACUGUCCAGUGUAGAACAGAACCAAAGCAAGACUCAACCAUAUCAAGCUUUGAAGACUUCCCUGCAAGCAGAACCAGGUCUCGCUCCAACUCUUCCAACUCGGUCAGCUCAGAGAGGUCCGCCUCAAGCGUCACCCCCCAGGAGAGCCGAGCAAAGGGCCGAGGGAGGGGAGGGAAGAGGGGGGGCGCUGAGACACCGCAGACGAGCGCCGUCAGAACCAGACGAAGGAUCACAGUGGCCGCAGGGCCAAGUGGACAGGACAGUAACGACGUGCCCCUUUCCAGCUCUGAGGUUUCUAGCUGCGGCGUGAGCUCCCAAAACAGAGGGAGAGGAGGCAGGCAGCGAGGUAGAGGGAGGAAGACGGAGCCGGGCCCAAAUACCAGCGUUCCUGCUUUUAGUGAGAGUCAUCAGAGGAGGAGUAGGAGGAACAACAACAAUGCAGAGGUAAUUUCUGGUGAGGUUUUCAAUGAGAACGGCCAAGAAGAGGCAGACUCUCAGAAAGCUGGUACCAGCAGGGGGCAGCAGCAAACCAACCCACAUGGAUCUACACCUUCAAUUCCAAGUGAUAAAGGCCAGGCAGAUCAAGGACAGGAACUUGCUGUUUUGAAAUCAACUCCGACUCAGAGGAAUGUCAGAGGCAAAGGUCAAAAACUGGGAAAGACUGAAAGUGUGGAGACACCUGCAGCUACUGCAGUCGGUGAUGGUAACCAGUCUAGGAACACAAGAAAAGGAAGAAAGAGUGAGUUGCAGUCAAACACAAGACUGGGACGCACCAAGGUUUCAAAAGAGGAAGAGGGUGCCCACGAAACUAUAGCAGCAGCAGAAGGAGCGAAAGAUGAGCCAAGGGAAGACAUCUCUGCUACUGUCCAACCGAAGAGAUCAAGUAGAUCGUCCAGCGCUCCAGCGAAGAAGAACGCUAAGGAACCUCUCCCUGAGGAGGUGGUGCAAGAUGGUGAAAAAGUGGAGCAGGGAACUGUUAGGAAGAGCUCCAGGGGUCGGGCAUCAGUGGUCCAGAGAGGUAAAAAAGAGAGUCUGGAAGACAGUGGAACAUCGGAAACCUCCACAAACCAGGAUGCAAACAUGGAGGCUCCAGAGCAGCCCCAGACUCCAAAGAGCAGGGUUUCCCGGAAGCGUCAGGCACCUGCAGACUCUCCGGCUGCAGCGAAGACUCCUCGCUCCUCGUCUGCUUCCCCAGCAGCGAGCGCUCGGAUAAGAGCUGGGAACCAAGCUUACAAGGUGUUGUUCACAGGGGUGGUGGAUGAAGACGGCGAGCAAGUGUUGGCUCGUUUAGGAGGCAGCAUGGCCGAAGGCGUGGCGGACAUGAACUGUCUGGUGACCGAUAAAGUGAGAAGGACCGUCAAAUUCUUGUGCGCGGUGGCUAAAGGCGUUCCGAUUGUUACCACAGACUGGCUGGAAAAGAGUGGUAAAGCUGGCUGCUUCCUCUCAACACAUUCCUUCGUUGUGAAGGAUCCAGAACAGGAGACAAAGUUCAGUUUCUGCUUGCAGGAGUCUCUGAAGGCUGCCAACAGUCAGCGUCUCUUACAGGGUUAUGAGAUCCAUGUCACAAAGUCGGUAAAGCCGGAGCCAGUUCACAUGAAAGACAUCAUUUCUUCCAGUGGAGCUACAUUUCUACCAAAGAUGCCGACGUCUCAGAAGCCACAAACCGUAGUGAUUUCCUGCGAGGAAGACUUGCGGCUGUGUGGCCCCGCUCUGUCUGCUUCCCUCCCCAUCGUCUCUGCUGAGUUCAUUCUCACAGGGAUCCUGCAGCAGAAACGUGAUUUUCAGACCCAUGCACUCUCUCCCCCUGUAGGUAAGGCGCAGCCUGCAGGUGGCAGAGCAAGAGGAAGGCGGAAGACUUAAUACAUGCACAAUAUGUCCUUGUAUGUGUGUGCAUUCAGUCUUAAUAGUGUUUUCAUCUAUUCACUUUUUUUUGGUAGAUGAAUUGUCAUGUGCAGAUUUUUUUAAACUACAUAUUAAAUAACCAAUUUUCUAUGUUGAUUGUUUGCACUGAUGGAAGGUGUGUCAUUUUUCUGCCAGCUGACAACAGCUUAAAAAUGAUUCUUUUCCCACCAUGUGAAAGAUUGUGAUCUGAACAAGCAGGUUGCUGCUGCACUCUUACCUGUGUGUCAAAGGACCUGUUUGAGUCUAAACUUGAAAAAUAUAGGAAAUGUGCCUUUCCACAUGAGCAGAGGAGGAUCUGACGUGACUGAAUUCCUGCUCUCUCUGCCUGCUUAGUGUUUCAAUUCAGUUAGUAGGUUUGGUAGGCAACAACCAUGAAGUGGAAAGAUGUUUAAAUCAUGUUUGGGUGCUAGAGUUGUAGAACUAAUGGGGCCUGUUUUGAAAGCAAUCUGCUACAGUGGUCAAGCAACAACCUCGUUUCCUGUCCUGAUAAAAAAGUGCAUAGUGCCUUUCAUACUGAUGAUCAUGAACAGACUGGAGUGUCUCCAUUUUGCAGCAUCACUCCAUUAAGGCUUCAUUCAAUCUCAUCUUCUCCAGGGAGAGUUAGACACAAUAAAGGCAUCUGACUGCUGAUGCUGCUGAUGCAUCGUGAUAUUAUCCUGUCCGUCCAUUGGUCUUUUGUGUGUCCGUAUACAGAAAGACCAGUAUACAAACAUCAUAGUUGCCCAGGACCCACUGUAAGCUCUUCACCCAUAGUAUACAAUCACCACUGUUUUAAAGAUGGAGUCGUUAACUUCAGAUUUUUAGAACUGAAAGAUGUCAAGUGAUUCAACACCAUGUUUGUAUCUGUUCAUAAAGACGUUACAUAUUUGUUGUUGUCCGGAAAUUAUAUGUUAAUGCUUUGCAUCUGUCACGUGUGUUUUGUUUCUAUAUUCUGCUGGACGAGCAAGUGUCUCCUAAUUUUUUUCUGAUGUCUUUUUUUUCUUUCUACAAAUAAAUAUCUCUUCAGUGCUUUGACAAGGUUUUAGGCGCCCUUAAACCUGUCGUUUUAUGAAAACAUAAAUGACCAUCCAUAUUUAUUUUC